UUCCUUUCUGUCAGGUUGUAUUUCGGUUUAGAAAUGAUAGCGUUCACGUGUAAUUGUGUCAUCAAACUGCGCCUUUACCAAAUCUGAUGGAAGAAAUUCAGCUGUCAAAAUGCGUAUUGUACACGUGGGGAGCCAACAGUUACGGGCAGCUCGGGAAGGGACACGCGGACGAUGAAGCCGAGCCGCGGCGCGCAGAAGGGCUGCAGACAGAGCAGAUCCGAUGUAUAACCGGAGGAGGUGGACAUACUGCAGUCAUUACAGAGUCAGGUGAGCUGCUGAUGUGUGGACAGAAUCACAAAGGUCAGUUAGGGCUUAGGCACACUUCAGAGGUCAUGACCUUUCAACCCUGCUCUUUGCCUGGGUGCAGGAGAGUUCAGUCUGUGUCCUGUGGCUGGGACUUCUCUCUUAUUUUAACAAAUGAGGGUCAGGUCUUGGCAUGUGGCUCCAAUGCAUUUGGACAGCUGGGCGUCUCACCGCAUGUAACACACACAGCAGAACCUUUACAUGUGAAGGUACUGAGCGAGUCGGUAACCAGUGUGGCCGCAGGUCUUAGACAUGCAUUGGCCAGAACAGCAUCAGGUUUUGUGUAUCAAUGGGGAACUGGCCUGUCUAGUCUUGCCAAAAGAACAUUAAGUCCCCAGCCUGUUCCUGCGCACCUAACCUCUAAGGAGCCCUGCCCUGUCCCGGGACUGGACCAUGUGACCCCACAGAAGGUAGUUGCAGGCUCCGCCCACUGCAUCUGUUUGACAGUCACAGGUGAUAUAUUUCUAUGGGGCAGCAAUAAACAUGGUCAGCUAAUCGGCGACAGUCCCUUCUUGCCCCUUCCUGCGGUUCUAGAUCGAUCUUUCCUGCGAAGAGAGAGAGCGACCGACAUUCACAGUGGCUGGACACACGUCAUCGCACAAACAGAGAGUGGGCGGGUCUUUACAUGGGGCAGAGCCAAUUAUGGGCAACUUGGACAGACGGUGGUGACCAAUCAGGAAAGAGAAUCACAAUCUGACAGAAGCUCUGGUCCCACAAACGGCCCUUUUGAAGUUAAAGGUUUAUUUGGAGCAACACAGAUUGCGUGUGGAUCGGAACACAACCUGGCUGUUGUGGGAGGUCGAAUCUUCUCCUGGGGCUGGAAUGAACAUGGAAUGUGUGGAGAUGGUUCCCUCUGUGACAUCACACAACCACAACCAAUCCCCAGUCUCGUAGACUGUACGCCUCUUCUGAUUGGCUGCGGAGCAGGACAUUCGAUGGCACUUUGCAGUAUGAAGAGCAACAAAGAUUUAGCAAGCUAAACAGGUUUCGAUUUUCAACAGGCACACUUAACCGGAACACUUAACCAUUUGUGGCCUUUCUGCAAAUAUUCAUAAUCGUAAGAAGCAGAAUUUAGUUUUUUGUCUUGUUUUCUUUUUCUUUUUUAUUAUAGUUAAUGAUUACUAUUGUCUGUGAAACUCCUUGUUGAAAAGUCAAUGAGGUAUUCACUAGAGCACAUUAUGCAUUCACUAUUCAGAGAUUGAAGUUCAGUGAGGAGAGGCAAAUUCAAUCAGACUCUAUGGAUGGGUUUUAAAUAUUGUCAGAGGUCUGGUGCUCAGGUUACUAGCUGUAUUGUACUGAGACGGCCAUUUGUACUGCCUUCGGUUCGAUAUACUGUCAGAAAUGAUGCUGGAUCAUUUCCUGUGACCUCCUUAUGAUUGGAAAUACACUUAAAUAACCUUCAGAUUUACUGAUAUGAUAUGACCUAAUGAAAGUACUUCAUCUCUCAGAAUGCCCUGUUAUGAUACUAUCAGAAUGGUCUAGCGUAGAUUUAUUUAAAUGUUAUUUCUAUGAGCUUUGAAACUCUUUGUUGAAAAGUCAGUGAUGAGGUAUUCGCUAGUGCGAGAUUGGAGUUCAGCCUUAUAGACAUGAAAAAUUACAUUAUUGACAGUGUAAUGUGUAUAUUGUUCAAUGUAAGACAACACACAGUAAAGUCCAUGAGUCUGAAAGCAUUGGUGAAUAUCCUUCUGCUUUUUAUGUUUAAUACAAAUGUAGCAGCAUAAAUUAUAUAUUUAUAAAAUAGUGUAUGUAAGAAUAAACAAUUGUGUAUUGAUAAACAAAAUUCUUAA